GUGAUCGUGUCUAGUUUCAUUUCAUGCAGAUAAGGGGUGGACGAUGGACACUAAUGUACAAACAGUUGUCCCCGGCGAAGCCUCGGAGUCGGAUGACGAUGAUGUUGAUGCUACAAUGACCAAGAACACAACAGAUUCUGAACAAAUAGCCACAGUGGUGUCUGGAGAAGCUUCAGAGUCUGAAGAGGAUGAGACAGAUGUCCCAACUAAUAAACAAGACAAGCCGGAACUUCCACCUCUCAAAGUGGACACUAAUGGUAAAGGAGACAAUGAUGACAUCACCUCUGGGGACAGAGUGUCAACACCCACCUCUCCCACCUCAAGGACUGCUGAUGUCUACAGACCUAAAUAUGACACGUUGCUUCACAGAAAAUUAAGGGAGAGGAAUAACUCGUUGCGUCAUCAUAUGGUUGAUGCUGUUCACCAGGCCUAUCAAACAUCCACUAAAGACCUCCACAACACAGCACAGCAGCUUCACAAGUCCCAGAGCGUUGUCAUGGAUAUUUCCCACAACAUGAGACUGCUGACUAAUGACCUGUUCUAUCUGGAGGAUAAGAUUGACAUCAUAACCACAUGUAAAAUACUGCCUGACAUCAACAUAGCUGUGCCUGGUACAGAGACUCCUGGUCCAUCAACAUAGCUGUGUCUGGUACAGAGACUCCUAGACCAUCAACAUAGCUGUGUCUGGUACAGAGACUCCUGGUCCAUCAACAUAGCUGUGUCUGGUACAGAGACUCCUGGUCCAUCAACAUAGCUGUGUCUGGUACAGAGACUCCUGGUCCAUCAACAUAGCUGUGUCUGGUACAGAGACUCCUGGUCCAUCAACAUAGCUGUGUCUGGUACAGAGACUCCUGGUCCAUCAACAUAGCUGUGUCUGGUACAGAGACUCCUGGUCCAUCAACAUAGCUGUGUCUGGUACAGAGACUCCUGGUCCAUCAACAUAGCUGUGUCUGGUACAGAGACUCCUGGUCCAUCAACAUAGCUGUGUCUGGUACAGAGACUCCUGGUCCAUCAACAUAGCUGUGUCUGGUACAGAGACUCCUGGUCCAUCAACAUAGCUGUGUCUGGUACAGAGACUCCUGGUCCAUCAACAUAGCUGUGUCUGGUACAGAGACUCCUGGUCCAUCAACAUAGCUGUGUCUGGUACAGAGACUCCUGGUCCAUCAACAUAGCUGUGUCUGGUACAGAGACUCCUGGUCCAUCAACAUAGCUGUGUCUGGUACAGAGACUCCUGGUCCAUCAACAUAGCUGUGUCUGGUACAGAGACUCCUGGUCCAUCAACAUAGCUGUGUCUGGUACAGAGACUCCUGGUCCAUCAACAUAGCUGUGUCUGGUACAGAGACUCCUGGUCCAUCAACAUAGCUGUGUCUGGUACAGAGACUCCUGGUCCAUCAACAUAGCUGUGUCUGGUACAGAGACUCCUGGUCCAUCAACAUAGCUGUGUCUGGUACAGAGACUCCUGGUCCAUCAACAUAGCUGUGUCUGGUACAGAGACUCCUGGUCCAUCAACAUAGCUGUGUCUGGUACAGAGACUCCUGGUCCAUCAACAUAGCUGUGUCUGGUACAGAGACUCCUGGUCCAUCAACAUAGCUGUGUCUGGUACAGAGACUCCUGGUCCAUCAACAUAGCUGUGUCUGGUACAGAGACUCCUGGUCCAUCAACAUAGCUGUGUCUGGUACAGAGACUCCUGGUCCAUCAACAUAGCUGUGUCUGGUACAGAGACUCCUGGUCCAUCAACAUAGCUGUGUCUGGUACAGAGACUCCUGGUCCAUCAACAUAGCUGUGUCUGGUACAGAGACUCCUGGUCCAUCAACAUAGCUGUGUCUGGUACAGAGACUCCUGGUCCAUCAACAUAGCUGUGUCUGGUACAGAGACGCCUAGUCCAUCAACAUAGCUGUGUCUGGUACAGAGACUCCUGGUCCAUCAACAUAGUCAUUAUAACAGCACUAAGUAAAGGGCUUUAAUGUCUGCUGUGUUAAAUGAAUGUUAUAUACCAACCUUAAUUACUUGUUUAUAGAUUUCAGUAAUAUGUCUUUUCAUAACAUUCCUAUGCUGAUUGUAUUUUGUGAUUUACUGUAAAGUGAACUGUUUAAGCAUGGACUUAGAUAACAAUCUAACUCUGUGGUUUAAGUGAAUUGUAAUAUUUACACCUCACAGGGAGGCGUUUAAGUCAGCCAGUAAUUUUUGUUGAUGAUAAUCAUCAAUGUUCUAGAUUUCUUUUAUAUAGGACUUGCACACAUAAUGCACAAAAAUAAUUAGCAAAAUCAAAAUCUCCUGUUUCGUUUCCGCAAGGCUGAUGUCAACAGCACUAUACAAAAUAUAAAACCUGACCAACUCUAUCCUUACAGUAUAAACACACACAAUGGCAAUGAAUCAACAAGAAAGGAAAUUUAAACCAGUAUACUGAGAAAUGUCACAUGCAGCAACACUUACCAGCUAGCAUGUUUCUCUCUAUUUCGAUCAAACAAACACAUUUAUAUGACUGAUGCAGUGUAUAAUACUGUCAGAGUUAAUUUAUACGACUGAUG